AUGGACGAUCAAGCCCGGAUCAUGCAGUCGAUUGGCGGCGUCAGUCUGGCCGGCCACUCGGUGCAAGGAGGCAUGGCACUGCCGCCUCCACACGGACACGAUGGGACAGACGGGGACGGAAGAAAGCAGGACAUUGGUGACAUCCUGCAUCAAAUAAUGACCAUAACCGAUCAGAGUCUGGACGAGGCGCAAGCAAAGAAACAUGGACUGAACUGUCACAGAAUGAAACCAGCACUCUUCAGCGUUCUCUGCGAAAUCAAAGAAAAGACAGGUAAGACUCUUAUGUUAAAAUUGUCCUGGUGUUAUGUUGGAGAAGACGAGGGUGCAGCGCCUCCUGUGUGGGCUUCCUCUGGGAACAGGAAGAAGCCGCCAGUGGCAUGGCUAGUGGUGAGCACCGGCCACUCCGACCACGACAGGGAGGAGAUGGCGAGCAGUGGGAUGGGAGGGGGGUUCGGCAUCUGA